AUGGAUUUCCGCAACCUAUCAUUCACUCUCCUCCUGCUAUCCGCUACAGUCAUGUUAUAUUUCAGGACUCUACUAGCGCAUCCCAUCUACAUGAUUAGCACCCCUGCAUCAGUGCAAACUCCAGACUCAGCGCCAACCGACGCCCUCGCCUUCCUCGACGAGCCCGUCUUCAGACCACUGGCAUCUCACAUAGCGGACAACCCAUAUCCGUGGCGUGAUAAACGUCCAUUCCAGGAGACCAAUUUUGCGUUACUCAUGGGUGCUGUCCAAUCUCUUCUUGAGGCUGAGGUUGACGAGGGAGAGGGUGGUGUGAGUUUGAAUGAGAGCUAUGGGCAACAGGAUGGCAUUGAGAGUAACUCGUCCGAGACAUAUUUUCUCUGGGCUGGGGAAGAUGAGAAGUGGUCUUGCGCUUAGCAAAAGCGCUCAGAGGAGUUGAGAAAGUGAAGAUGGUCCUUCGAGACCUGGGAUUGUGAGAAGUUCAUUUUUGGAAAGUGGGUUUAAAACCCACUAU